AUGCCAGGGAUGUCUAAGCCCCAAAGGAUCUCGCGACUCAGCGCAAACACCGCAACGGACACAGAACGGUGGCAAGCAAUCACUACCCGCGACAUCACAGCCAACGCCUUCGUCUAUGCCGUACUCACCACAAAGAUAUACUGCCGCCCCUCGUGUCCAGCACGACUAGCCCGCCGCGCGAACGUCCUCUUCUACGACACCCCGUCGCAAGCCGAGGAAGCAGGCUUCCGGCCUUGCAAGCGCUGUCGGCCGCAUUCGGGUCAGACGGCGGCUCAAAAUAAUCCUCAAACAGCCGUGGUUGAGAAAGCAUGCGAGUCAGUCAGAAACAUCCUAUCAGCAGGGCUGAAACCGAAGCCAAGAGAUCUGGCAGCGCAGGCGGGCUUGACGUCCAGUCAUUUCCACCGUGUGUUUAAGAAACAUGUGGGCGUUACGCCCGGUCAAUAUAUCGAUCGACUUGUGCAGGACAAAUCGUGUUCGCCGGUUUCGUUGGCCUCUGAUGCUUGUUUUGGAGGUGAAACAGUAUGCCUGUGCUCUGAGGAAGGGAAGGAGAUUCUAGAUCAUGGUAAAACAAGUGAGGAGGCGGCUUGGCCGCCGGUGGCUGGGGCUGCUUCCCCGGGGUGGAUGGAAGGUGCCUGGAAUGAGUUCGAUGCGCUGCUGGCGUCAGAGCAGGGACAAAUGUUGGAGCCUGGGGGGUUAUUUGUUGAGCCUCAGUUGCUGGUGAGGUCCAGUGGUGAUGUUUCGAUGGGACUCUGUGAGUCUGACAUGAUCGGUCCUGAAUGGAUGAAUGGAUGA